AUUCACUCCUCACCCACACUGUCUCAAACACACCCCCACACACUCUCAAUCACUCGCCCUCGCGCCACAGUCAGUUCAGCACUUGGCAGAGUGCACCGCAGCGCGCGCAGCCCUCUCCGCAGCGCGCGCUUUGCCUCUCAUGCUUUAAAUCUAUCGAAUGAACCCGCGCGCGCAGCAGCGCUGCGUAAAACUCCGGUUUCGGUGUCGUUGGUCGUUGUGCCGGUCGGUCGGUGUGCCUGCGCGCUCCUCUCCGGCUGCAGGGUGAUGGAUAAAGUGCCGCGGUCGGACUAGAGGAAGAGGAAGACCCCGCGAUGAACGGGGCGGACGGUGCGGCGUCGCGCGCCAACGCGAGCGCGGACGGGCAGUACGGGAGCGCGUGCGACACAGCGUUCAGCACGCUGUUGGCCGUGGCCGUGUACGUGCUCGUCAAAGCGAGUUUGGACGGAAUUCGGCAGUGGCGCGCGCGCAUCUCCGUGCUGGUGGUGGGCUCGGGACCCAUCGGACUAACGGCGGCGCUGGUCGCUGUCCGCACGGGCAAAGUGCUGAAACUCACCGUGCUGGACGAGCGCUACAGGACGGCGCUGCUCUGCAGGCCGCAGCAGAUCGCGCUGGACCCGCGCAGCGUGCGCUUCCUUCUGGGCCUCGGCGUGGACUUCGACAACAUGGAGGGCUGCUGGCACAACGAGCACUUCUUCACCAAGAUAGGAGUGUUCCAGGAGUACCUGCUCAGCAUUCUGGAGCAGAAGAAGAACAAAGUGGAGGUGAAAGUGCACCUGGGCACAAAGUUCACAGAUGAGUAUCUGAGGAGGAUCCCGAAUGGAGAAUGGCCCCGGGUGAUUGUAGUAGCCGAUGGUUCCUGUGGAGACUCCUGCUCUGUGUUAGGCAUUAGCUCAGAAUAUAAUGUAGAGUCGUGUCAUGCCUAUGGAGCUAAUGCCACCAUCGAGAGACUGGACCAGAGACAGGUCCCCACGCCAGAGAUCAGGGCACACAGCCUGUAUUUUGACCUAUCAGCUUACGGCAUCGAUGCCAUUAAAGAACCUCGCAGCUCCUCUCAGGCCUCAGCCAAACCAGGCUUCCACCUGAAGAUCUAUGGAACCUUCCGGAACCGUUACAUGGCCCUGGCCUGCACAUCCGCCGAUUCAAAGAUGAUGCGUUUCCUGCGCCACACGGCCAGCUCCUCAAUCAUGAAGAACAUAUUCCACCAGUCCUUUAAUGCCUAUAAGACGGACAUUGAGCCUCGGCUGAGUGAGCUGACCCUGCAGCGGAUGCAGUGCAGCCGGAAGCUGUUUGAGAUCAUGCUGUCUCACCGGCGGGUCAGUGCCGCCUAUAUUGAGGAGGAUAAAGUGGCAGUCACUGUGGAGGGAGAGGCUGCCCGGGUGCUUAACUUCGACACUGGCUGUGGUGUGAACCUGGGCAUGAGGGGCCUGGAAUCAUUGGGAGUGUUUAUCUACAGAACUGCCACUGCUCAGGACCAGAAGGACGUGUUCGAGGCUCUUUCUGCCAAAAUUCAGCACUCCAAACAGGUGGCGGAAACCUUCAGACAGACUGGACUGGCCGCUGCUAUGUUUGAAUGAAGAGAAAUAGUGAUGCCUCUGAAGGAUUACAUAAAACAAAGAACUACAUGGUCACAGUUAAUGUGCAUUGUUUGUUAAAGUGCAUAUUUCAUGUUUGGAGUGUUUUUGAUUAAUGUAAGUGCCAAAAGGGACCAAAAGUUUGUGUGUAAGUCUUUGUUCUAAAAGAAAAUGAUUCUCUCAUUUCUAUCAAAAGCUCUAUCCGGACAGGGUUAGUUUCUCAGGGGGAUGUCUGGGAAAAAUAUUUCACACUUCUACUCAGUGAUAAAACUCUUCCAUCUGGGCUGCAGUUGAAAAAACAGGAGGACCAGUGAGUUUUUUGGCUUUCUCGGUCACAUGAAAUCGCGUUCAGUAGCUCCUCCAUUUCCAUUUGCUGUUGUGUUUAAGUGGGUCUCCAUGGAAACUUGUGCCCAAAGUGUAAUUACGGUGCGCAGUAGUGUACAAAUAGCUAUUUUAUUAAACACAAGGCGGCGAAACUCAGAGCUUUGGGUCCAGACGGGAAUAAAAUUACCGGAGGACCACGGAGUUCAGCGAAAAACAGUAGGACCCCCCAUAAAAGAGAAAAUGACCCUAGGACCCCUAAGAAAUUAAUCCUGUCCGGAUAGAGCUAAAGAUGGCUGUUGUUUUUAGCAUGGCACACUCUUGUGUGAGGUGAGGACCUGUAGGGUGUAAAGCUUGUAAUGGAGUCAUUAGUUUAACAAUGACUGCAGCUUAACAUAUGCUGCUUAUCACAUACAAAUGAAGUGUAUUUUUUAAUCAACAUGCUGCUGGUUUAACUGCUGCUCGCAAUUUCUGUUUGAUUAGCUGUGGAGGCUAACACAAACUCUGUAGGAGAAAAUUAAACCUCUGGUUCUUGUUCAAGUCAAAUGAGAAAACAAAAAAAAUACUUUUUUUACAGAAGUGCCUGGUGGAUUCAUUUAUUCUCUGGUAUAUUUCACACGUGUAAUGAGGUAUCUUUGGAUGAUUUGUGAUGGUGUUUGUUAAUAAAAUGAAAUGUGUGUUUCAAA